AAAAUUUCUCUAAAUUCCCCAAAUUCUCAUAAAUUCCGAUGAAUUCCUUCAAAUUCCCCAUAAAUUCCUCACAUUUUUGGUAAAUCAUUCCUAGGUGGUUUGCCCCUUGGUAAUUUUUGUUAAUUUCAAUUUCACUUACGUAUCAGCAGAUUGAAUGUGUGUAUAAUUAGGCCCCAAAAGAUUCUCCUUGACAGUGACUAUACCAAUAAAUCCAGGCGCAAAAAACUCCGACUGUCCCGAAUCCAAAUCCACAACUCGUACUUCUGGAAAUUUACCCAACAACAAAUUAACCAAGUAUCUAAGAUAGGUGCUUUUGCCAACCCCUUUUCCACCGCAAAUAACAGUUUUGGAAUCAAAUACAUUUUCCCACAAGUUGGAAUAUUCAAGUGUUUUAUUCCAGUUGCCACUUAAUUGGAAAUCAACUCUGGGUCCCAAAGUCGCUUCUGGAAACAUUAUUUGAGGCAUGUGGGUUUCAAUGAAAUCAAUAUAAGGCUCUUUGAGCUCUUGACAUAAUAAUAUUGCACUGUGAUGGUCAAAGGCCAAAUUCUUGUCUUCUAUAUUUAGUAAGUCAGUUGCUAUUAGGCUACUAAUUUUUAUUGUAUCACUGCAAUAUUGUGUAUGGGUAUUUUUGAUGUAGAGUAAAGAAGUGCCUCUGGGUGAAUAGAUUUUUUUUUCAGGAGAAUUUUGGGUUAAAGUUGCACCUAAAAUUUCCACUUUUCCAUAUAGUACUUUGAGAUUGAAUAAUCCGUGAAAGUGGAUUAGCUGAUUUGGUUCAGGGAUUAUUAUAAGUUGAUUGUUGUUUGUUAAUUUUAGGAUUUUAGGGGGACAUGAUUGAUUGGUUUCAAUUAUUUCAUUAUUAGGAACAAUUUGAUUUUCUUCAUUAUCAGAUACAGAUUCUGUAUUAUCUUCACUUGCUAUUGCCUCAUCUAAUUCAAUUUGUUUUUGGCUUGAUUUUGAAUCAAUUUCAACAGUACCAAUAUUAAAUAUUUUGUUAUCAUUUUUGGAAGAUUUAUAGAAUUUUUUUGGCACUUUGAAUUCAUCAAUUUCAUCAAAAUGUUCAUUGUAUGAAUCUACGAACAAGUUGCAAAACCUUUGCAAAUUCAUUCCUUUUACAUUUAGCUUAUUGUUAUCAUAAAAAUCGUGAGCAGUUUCAGUAUUGUUGAUUAUGGAUAUUUGCAAAUUUUCAUUUUGUUGUGCUUCACCAACUUCUACCAGUUUAGUGUUGAUUUUUGGCUUUGUCUCUGAUGGAAUUACAGGAUUUAAAUUUGCAAAUUUCUUUUUUUUACCAGUUUUUCGUUUCUUCUCUUCAACUGCUUCAGUUUCUGAUGUCCAGCUCACUUUCUUUUUACGAACCACACCUUUGCCAUUGAUUUUUGGUUUUUCUCUUCUCUUUUCAAUAAACUCUUCAGCAACAGUUUCAUCUUCUGAAAAAUUCAAUUGUACACCUUUGCUAAUUGUAGGUUUUUCUUUUUUCUUCUUAGGCUUGACUUCUUGCUCAGCAUCAGAUAAUCUUCUUUUAGUUCCUCUGCCAGGGUUUUCAUUAUUUAAAGUUUUUUUCAGCUUAAAUGGUGUAUCAAUUCUGUUUUUGAUCUUUUCACUGCUUGUUGUCUCAGAAAAUGUGAGUUUGCUCUUGAGCUUUUUUUUACCUUUUACCUUGUUUUCAUGUUCUACUUCACAUACAGAUAGUUGUGUGCCCUUGGCAGGAUUCUCAUUAUGAUCAGGUUUUUUUAGUUUAAAAGGUGUAUCAGGUCUGUUUUUAAUUUUUUCACUGCUUUUGAGGUUCUUUUUACCUUUCAAUGGGGCCUCAGAUGAUUGUUUUUUAGCUGUCUCAUGAGAUUUUUUGCCAUUUACAUAAUGUGGUGUAUCAAUAAUUGUGCUUAUAGUAGGUAUUCCAUUGCUUUGGGUAUUUGAACUUACUUUAGGAAGCGUGAUUUUCGGUUUGCUCUUGUGUUUUUGCUCCUUUUUACCUUUCGUUGGGACUUGAUUUCGAUGAUCCGCACUGUAGAAAGUUUGCCUCAACUCUUCCAAGUAGUUUACAUCUAAAUUUGCCAUUAUUUCAUUAUUUAAUUUUCUGAUAACUUUAAAAAACUUCUUGUAGAUUGGGUUUAUUUGGAAAAUGCGGUAGAUUUCUAACCUCACUUUUUUUUGACAGAAGUUCAAAUCAGCACAGUGUUGCCAUACCAGGAAUGGAGAACCAUUUUCUUUUCUCUUCAUUUAUUUAUGGAUUUUUGCUCUUAAUAUUUCCAAAUUUGUUUUUUAUUUUUACUUUUGCAAACAGUUGCAAAAUAAUAGUAGAAUUUGUCCUCAAUUGUAGAGCAGCUUCAAAAUGUAUCCUCCAGUACUGAAAUAGGAAACUUGACAACAGCGCUAAGGGCUUACUUUUCCUCAUCCCUGCCCUAUCUCAAAGGUUUUAUUUUUAUUUUUGUAAAAAUAUUAUGGGAACCAAGAAACUGUUGUUUUUGUACCAAAUUAAGUUGAAAAAAAGCUGAUUAAAAGAGAACUGCACCAGUUCUGGUCCAAUUUCCAAAUGAUAAACUUUUUAGAUCCAAAGUUACUACCAAAAAUAACCCGAAAACCUCUAUGCACAGAAACCUACGAAGCGGACAAUUUAAUAAGCGAAUCUUAUGCGGACAAAAUACGAGGCUUUAUAGCUUUUCCUUCCAUAAAACCUCCUGUGGAAAUAGAAUUUGACCUGCUGUGCAAUGUAAAUAUUUCGCAUAUACUUUUAAACACCACUGUAGGUAAUCAGCAAUGCACUGGCAUAGAAAUAUUUGCAAAAGCCUCAAGUGAUGAGUAUAUUUCUUUGGCUAAAGCAUUUUACGAUAAUCAAGGCUUGAUUUUGUGCAAUGCCCGCAAAUAUUCCAAAUCCCAACCUCCUUUGGGCUAUAAUGAAAAUAUUGAGUUACGUUUUUUCAAAGGCAUUGCACACAAAACAUUUAUGAAUGCUAAAUGUAUAAAAAUAGUAAUUUUUAAAACUAAAAAAUCAGUUCCUUGCUUGUCUCGAGUAGAAAUUUGGGGCACACCUUCAAAAACUUGCUCUAAAAAAACUAUUGAAACUGUUUAUAAGCUCAACAAUAGACCAAAUAUCCCUAAACUAACCAAUAGUGAAGUUGAAAAAGACACUUUUGAAAUCCCUAAUGACUUCAAAGAUGAUUUAACCUACGAGUUAAUGACAAUUCCUUAUACUUUGCCUUGCGGCAAAACCAUUGACCAAACUACUUUAGACAAACACGUGGAAAUUGAAAAUUCCUUCAGCCGCAAGCCCUGUGAUCCAUUUACAGGCAAAAAGUUCACAGACACUUUAAAGCCAAUUUUAAAUGUUGCCUUAAAAAGUCGCAUUGAUAUGUUUUUGUUGCAAAACAGUCACAGGGCGGAGACAUUUGGUUUAAAAAGGACUUUACGUACAGUAAUUGUUGCUAAUAAUAAUAAAUGCCAAAAGUUGGACAAAAAUCCAAAAGACGAUUUGGAUUCUUUAAUACAAAACGCAAAAUCUGAUCCCAGUUUUGUUAGUUUUAAUGUCAGUCGAGAAAGUAAUUUGUGUAAUUUAUGUAAAAUUACUUGUGAUUAUUUAUAUGAGAUUCCUUGCAAGGAUGUUUUUUGUAGGAAUUGUUUAUUGGAGAUUUGUAAAAAUUGUAUUUGUGUUCAGUGUGAUAAAUUGUUUGUAAAGAGUGAUGUAAAGAAAAUUGAUUUUAGCUAAAUGAAUAAACCGGAUAAUAAUUUAAAAAUAUUAAAUUUGUUUUUAUUUAGCAAUAUUUAACAAUAUGAAAAUUAGAUUUAUGUAUAUAACAAUUGUGCUAAAAACAUAAUAAAAAUUAUUUACAUAAAAAAGUUAUUUUCUCAUAGCCAUAAUAUUAUAAUGUACAAAAUAAAAACUGUGACUUAAUUAUUUACAUUACAGAAUAUUGAUUACUUUUAGUAAUUUAUAAAUUCCACCAAUAAAAAGCCUUUAAAUUUGAAAAUCAAAAUAUGGUUGUCAGCUAAAAUCAGUCUUUGUUUUUGCUAAAAAAGCAAAAGUGUUUUUUUUUUUUCAAUUACAUAUACCUAUACAUAAAAUAAUAUACAAAUGAGACCCAUACAUAGCAACAAUGUUGCUACAAUAAUAAUAUACAAAAGAUUACAAAUUAUUAGUAUUUAACUUUAAUCAUACAAGCGCAGCUGCAGCUUGAUUCUGAUGCAAAUGAUCGAUUUCGCUACUGAUCUGGCGGUACUUUUUGAUCCUCUUCCAUUCACCGUUGUUGUAGUUCAUUUGGAAGUGCGUCUCUACCAGCAUAGUGACGCAACUGUCGUCAGCUUGCAUUACAGUUUCUUGAUCUUCUGACAGUUUUAUCGUUACAAUGUUGCCCAAGUGCGGACAAGGAUUAUCUCUGGAACCUGCCAUGAAACCUAAAAUUAGUGCUUUUUCUGGUCGCGUCACUUUGUUGGCUGUUCUGAACAUGUCUUGGGCUUCUAGCAUUUGUUCG